CUCUCUCCGUCCGCUUCCCAUGCUGUUGCUUGUUCUCUCCUCCCACGCCCUACUGCUUACCAAGUCACUCUUUUUGUUGCAAGCUUGUUAGCUUGCGUCCAUUCGUUCACCAUGCGUUCUGUUUCUCUUUUCCUUACCUCUGCCGCUUUCGGCCUUGCGAGAGCAACCUAUAGCGAGGCCGAUGUGACCGUCACCGUCACCUCGACCCGAGUUCACAGUAUCUGCCCUGCAACUACCAUCACCACCUGUGCCGCCCCUUCGACCAUCAAUGCUGGAUCGACCAAGCCGACCACUAUCAACAGCGCGGAUCUUAGCAGCGCCGAGAACAACUGGGCCUCGCAGUGGGAAAACCAGAAGACCAACUAUGUUGGUCCCUGGAAUGACUGGAGCAUAAGUGCUUCGGGCCCUGGUCUGCCAACUUCAGUGCCCACGACAUCAGGCUCCGAAUCGACUACUACCUGGGGAAACGGUGGCCAGCCAACUGGCAGUACCACCUUGGCCACAGGCUCAUACUCGCCACCAGCACAUGGUUACAACACGACCAGCACUACCGGAUCCUUGGCUUCGACCACAUCUGGAUCCCCGACCUCGACAACCUCAAGCAGCUUCACUGGAUGCCCAACCUACACUCCUGCCCAUAACGCCUCGGAUAUCUGCAACAGCGCAGCCGACCGAUCCAAGUGGUGCGGAGGUCAGGACAUCAGCUCCAACUGCUACACAAAUGGCUUCAAGACUGGCAGAACUGUCAGGUACACCUUGACCAUUGACAACACCACCAUGAGCUUUGACGGAACUGCACCCAAGGUCGCUUUGACCGUGAAUGGCCAAGUGCCAGGCCCUGUCAUCGAGGCAAACUGGGGUGACAUGGUUGAAGUCACUGUCAUUAACAACCUGCAUGACAAUGCCACGUCCAUCCAUUGGCACGGUAUCCGCCAGCUUGGCACGAACGACCAAGAUGGUGUCCCCGGUGUCACUGAAUGUGCUGUUGCUGGAUAUGGUGGCUCUCGCACUUACACCUGGCUUGCAUCUUCCUACGGUACUUCUUGGUACCACAGCCACGCUCUGGCUCAAUACGGAGAUGGUGUUCGUGGCCCCAUCGUCAUUCACGGUCCUGCCACCGCAAACUACGACAUUGAUAUGGGAACGGUCAUGAUUGAUGACACCUUCGCCAAUGCCGUCGGUACCCAAGCUGAUCUCAUCACCCACUACGGCCCAGGUGGUUCUUUCAACACCCUCUUCAACGGAAAGAACAUCAACCCAGUGGGACCUGGUGGCAAACCAUUCGAGUGGACUGUGACACCUUGCCGCAAACACUUGUUCCGCAUCAUUAACAGCUCUUCUCAGAACAUGUACGUGGUUGGUUUUGACGCACACAACUUGACUGUUAUUGCUGCCGAUUUUGUCCCGAUUGUGCCUUACACCACCCCAUACCUCAACAUCGGCAUUGGCCAGCGUUACGAUGUCAUCGUCGAGAUGAACCAACCUAUUGGAAGCUACUACGUCCGUGCUGUCAUUCAGACCGGAUGUCCCUCUGGUGGUGCCAACUCUGGUCUGGGUACGGCAAACGCCAUCAUGAACUACCAGGGUUCAAACUCAACUCCAGUCACCAACACGCCCAUCACCAACGUCACCGCGGCCAGCUGUAUUGACGAGCCCCUUGCAUCAUUGGUGCCUUACGUUUCUCUCCCUGCCGGUGACUCGGACAAGUUCCAAUCAUCUAGCCAAACUCUCCCAGCGGGUCAGGUCACUCAAGUCCAAACCAGCUCAGAUGGUGUUGUGUACCAGUGGUUCCUCAACAACGGUGUCAUGAACGUCAACUACAGCCUGUCCACUUUGGAAAUGUUGGACUCUGGAGCCAACAGCAGCACCUUCAGCAACCCGGUUGUUCUUGACCAGGCCAACGAAUGGGUUUACUUUGUCAUCCAGAACCAGUUCUUCGCAUCCCACCCGAUGCAUAUUCACGGCCACGAUGUCUCAGUCCUCGGCACAGGCACUGGACCUUGGAGCAGCGACCUGACCUCGACCUUGAACUUCAAGAACCCUAUGCGCCGUGAUACUGUCAUGCUCACAGGUUCUGCCGGACCUGGACACCCUGCCGGUUACACUGUCAUUGGUUUCCAGACCGACAACCCAGGCGCGUGGGUGAUGCACUGCCACAUUCUGUGGCACGUCGACGAUGGUCUUGCUUUGCAGUUUAUCGAGCGACCUGAUGAUAUCGUCAAGGCUGCUUACACUUCCAAGCAAUCCUUCAAGGACGAGUGCUCUGCCUUGAGAAGCUACCAGGCCGCCAACCCUCAAUCUGUCAGAACCGAGGGUGAAUCGGGUAUGAAGAAACGUACUACUUUGGAAGCCCUUGGUGCGUCCAACAAGCUCUAUGCUGGCUUGAAGAGACACACCGGUCACAGCCACAAGAGAUACGCUGGUCACCGCUUCCACGGCUACUGAAGAAAAAACGAGUCCAUGAUCAAGAUGGGUAAUUCGCAUGCAGCACUCAAAGCAAGCAAGUAAUCGGAGGAGUACACUAAUGGACGCAUGUACACUAGUCUACCUUAUUUUUCGUCAGUUCAUGUCCAAUUCUUGUUCCAUGUAGAACUUGAGUUAUCUUUUUGAACAUUGGGUGAUGGGUUGUAGUCUCAUUGCCAUUUAUGGUGCUCGCUUUGUAU